UAUUGGUUCGCUUUAGAGAAUCGCGGUUGAAAAUAAAUAUGGCUUCAACUGUGUUUGUGACCGAAGUUACCGGUACAACUGACACCACCGAACCACCUUUGCCAGAAGCAGGUUUGGAAGCGGCGGAUAUCGGAGUAAUUGUUGCAUAUUUUGCUGUUAUCUUAGCUGUGGGGAUAUGGGCGAUGUGUCGGACGAACAGAAGCAACGUUAGCGGGUUCUUCCUUGCCGGUAGGGACAUCACUUGGUUCCCGGUCGGCGCGUCACUUUUUAGCAGUAACAUUGGCAGCGGGCAUUUUGUAGGCCUUGCAGGAACAGGUGCGGCAUCGGGUAUUGCCCAAGGAUCUUUUGAAUGGAACGCUGUCGUGACACUGCUUUUCCUCGGCUGGCUUUUUGCACCGGUCUACAUCGCAUCUGGUGUGGUAACGAUGCCCGAAUAUCUGAGAGAAAGAUUUGGAGGCCAACGGAUCCGAAUGUCUCUCUCCCUGCUCUCACUUAUUCUCUACAUCUUUACAAAAAUAUCGGCUGAUCUUUUUGCUGGAGCAAUAUUCAUCGAAGAAGCGCUUGGUUGGAACUUGUACUUGGCCAUCUGUAUAUUGCUUGCUAUCACAGCUUUGUACACUGUUACAGGAGGUCUUGCUGCAGUUAUUUAUACAGAUACAGCUCAAACAUUUAUCAUGUUGAUCGGUGGUUUGGUCAUGAUGGGGCUAUCCUUUGAUUACAUUGGUGGCUACAAUCAACUGGAACCCGAAUAUUUUGCUGCAAUUCCAAGUAAACGGAACACGAACACUUCAUGUGGAUUACCUCGUUCCGACGCCUUCCACGUAUUCCGUGACCCAAUCGACAGCGACCUCCCGUGGCCAGGAAUGAUCUUCGGAAUUACAAUAAUCGCAACAUGGUACUGGUGUACCGAUCAGGUUAUUGUGCAAAGAACAUUGGCUGCCAAGAACUUAUCUCAUGCUAAAGGUGGCUGCGUAUUGGCUGGUACAUUGAAGGUGCUUCCAAUGUACAUGAUGGUUAUGGUUGGGAUGAUUAGCAGGAUUAUAUUUCCUGAUCAAAUUGGUUGUUCUCUACCAGAAGAAUGCAUUAAAGUUUGUGGCUCGCCUACUGGUUGCACCAACUAUGCAUACGCUAAGCUUGUGUUGUUCAUUAUGCCAGUUGGACUAAAAGGGCUUCUGCUUGCUGUGAUGAUCGCUGCGUUGAUGUCUUCCCUCACGUCCGUGUUCAACAGCGCCAGCACUUUAUUCACUUGCGACAUUUGGAUGAAGAUCCGGCCAAAAGCCAAGAACAGAGAACAAAUGAUAGUGGGCAGAGUAUUUAUACUUGUUAUGGUCGGGAUUAGCAUUGCAUGGGUACCGAUCAUUCAGGCUUUUUCCGACGGCCGGCUUUUCGACUACAUUCAAUCAAUCACCAGUUUCUUGGCACCUCCAAUUACAGCUGUUUUCGUUAUGGCUGUGUUUUGGCCAAGACUUAAUGAACCUGGCACAAUUUUGGGGAUUGAAAGCUUGUGGAAUUUUUAUUGGGAUUGUUCGCAUGAUAUUCGAGUUUGCCAUGCCUUCUCCGGCGUGUGGGAAACCAGACAACAGGCCAACUAUCUUAUCCAAAGUUCAUUAUCUCUACUUUGCAAUGAUAUUGCUGUGUGUGACUGCAGCAAUCUCGAUCUGUGUUUCACUGGUCACGCCGCCUAUUGAUGAGAAAUGUUUGGUGAGACUUACAUACUGGAACCGAUACAGCAAACGAAAAAGGAUCCCUCUUAAUGUAUUCUACCAGAAAAAGCCGAAAGUUGAAGAGAAUGGAAAUGGAACAUUGAACGGCGCAUUUAAAAUGGAAGAAGGGCUGGGUGACAACGAUUCAAUGCAUAGCAGCAAUGCUAGCGAGCCAGCUGCCCCCAAACCAUUUUGGCGCAAAGCAAUAGAUUUAUUCUGUGGUCUGGACGACGGGCAAAGCCAGCAAAUAUCAACUGAAGAAGCAGAAGCCAUGAAGAUUUCUAUGCUGGAUAUAACGGAGGAGAAAUGGCCGGCCAUCUUUGUCAAUAUCGGGGCAGUGGUUAUGGUUGCAGCCGGUGUCUUUCUCUUUGGAUUCUAUGCAUAAGAAAUAUAGUUGGGUGAAGUAAGAUAGAACAUGUUUUUGUUUUUUUUUAAGGUCACAUAGGUAAUGAACAAUUACUACUUACAGAAUUAAAUGGCUUUGUAACUCUAAAAGAGCACUGAUAUUUGUUAAUACACCAUAAGAAAAUAUAGGCUUUAGGUGCUAAUUGUAUCCAUCUUUCCCCACAGUACUACAUUGUUUCUUAAAAACCCAUCUAGCAUAGUUUAACUUGAAAACCACCAUAGAUAAGUCUUUAUAGAAUUAAAUACUAGAGUAUUGUUUAAUAAUUUUGAUAAUCGUAUCUUGAUGUUUAUAAAUUUAUCACCGCUAUAAGAAAUGUUUAACUAUGAGGUAAUUGUAAAUUCAGUAUGCCAUCGUACAAAUACAUUCACUUGCGUGCA